UGGAGCUUCAGUAGGUCUAAAGCAAAACUACAAUUCCCAUCAUCCCUCGCUCAGAAACACGCCCAGCGAUGACGUAUGAGGAUGCUACGGUGCAGAAACGUGCAGUGUCUAUGAUGUCCUUGAUGAACAUGAACGUUUUCCCUCAGAUUGCCUUAAGGCCUGAAGUGCAGGAAUAUCUCCACAAUGUAUACACAAACAAAGAACUAGUGGCUGAGCUUGGGCAGGAGGAAGCUGAGCGAGUAUUCAGGUCUCUGCUUUCCUGUCUGUCUCACCCACCCUCACUCACCUGUCUGAGAGCCAGCACACACAUGUACAGCCUACAGGACAUUCAGUACAGACUGGAGCAACACCUCACACAGCAACAAUUGAGCAGUUGUUAUGGCGACAGUGUUACUGCUCCCAUCCUCCGUCACCCACUGCUUCCAGAUGUGCUGCUGCUUCCAGUCAGCGGACCUAGGGACGUGAGUGUGUUAAAUUCUGAAGUGGUCGUUGGAGCUCAGUGUGGCAGUGCUGUGUUGAGAGGUGCUCAUGUCUUCGCUCCUGGUGUCCUUAGUGCACCUAAGUUUAUGAAGGCAGGUGAUACAGUCUCAGUGUUCUCUGAUGUGGAGGGCAAGUGCACACGUGGAGCUAAAGAGUUCCAGGGGAAGAAAGUGUUUCUGGGUAAUGGAGUCUGCGCUAUGGACCGUGCUGAGAUAUUUUGUGCAGAGGGACCGAUAAGGGGUGUGGCUAUCAGAAUGGUGGAAGCUCUCUACCAGAGCCCUUCCUUUGAUGGUGUACUCCCAAAUGAACUGUUUUUGCAGAACUUGCCAUCAGUAGUGGUGGGGCAUGUUUUGGGUCCUCGUCCUGGUGAGAGAAUUUUGGACAUGUGUGCAGCUCCGGGAGGGAAAACUACACACAUAGCAGCUCUCAUGGGGAAUCAGGGAGUGGUAGUGGCUCUGGAGAAGAUUAAAUCCAAAUUGGAGAAGAUCAGUCAGAAUGCCCAGACUCUGCAGUUGGACUGUAUUAAAGCAUACUGCUACAACAGCAUACACGCCGUGAGCUCUGAUCUUACUCAGGAGUCUGAUACAGACGCUCCUCCGUUCCAAGAAGAAAGUUUUGACCGGAUACUGUUAGACGCUCCCUGCAGUGGUUUGGGGCAGAGACCCAACAUGGCCAUUAACUGGAGUCUCAAAGAAGUGUGUUCAUACCCCCCUCUACAGAGAAAACUCUUCACUACGGCUGUGCGACUCUUGAAGAAGGGAGGUGUGUUAGUGUAUAGUACCUGUACUGUGACACUGGCUGAGAAUGAGGAGCAGGUAGCCUGGGCGUUGAAAACGUUUCCAUGUUUAACUCUCGAACCACAGGAGCCUCAUCUAGGUUCCGAGGGCAUGCUCGGAGCCACACUGUCACAUGACCAACGACGGCUGCUGCAAAGGUUCCGCCCAGAAUUAGCAUGGGGUGGAGCCAGCAGUGGUGACUCCUCGGAAAACCUCCUAAAAGCCAGCACGGACACUAUAGGAUUCUUCAUAGCGAAGUUCAUCAAGAGAUAACAGACGUUAAAAAUGCACACGCACGGCCCCCCCUCAAACCCACCUCCGUUUGCAGCCACACGUGGACAAGCUAGGAAGACAGGAGGAGCACCUGCAGAGAGGAGCAAGUAGAGAAAUGAGUGGGAGGGGUGGAGGGUGAAGUGGGGAGGGUGAAUGGAUGGCAUGAAUGGGAGAAAA